AUGGCCGUGGCCGCAGACAAAACACACACGGUCGAAACAGCCAAAACCGAAACAACACCAAACUCUCUCUUCUUCGUCCUGCCUAUUCUCCUUCUUCCCUCCUUCUCCUUUUCGCCGCCGCAGUCGCCAGACUGGCAGGGUGAGCCCGUUCACUCUGGCAGCCUGGAAUGUUCGUUCCCUUUUAGACAAUCCGAGGAGCAACCGACCGGAACGGAGGACAGCGUUAAUUGCCCGGGAACUGGCGCGCUACAAGGUGGACAUCGCCGCACUCAGCGAGACUUCAUUCUCCGAACAAGGCCUCCUGGAGGAGUUGGGUGCCGGUUACAACUUCUAG